AUGUUGUAUUAGAUGAGUAAAACAACGUAUCCCAGCUUCCUGGGCAGACCGGAAAAAGUGUCAAUCCACCUUUCAUUCCAAUCGUGCUUUCGAGAAGAAUAGUUGCUGUGGUCGAGGGCUAAUUACAUCACAGACUGAUUAAAAUCGGCUUGAACCUUGUAUUGGGCUCCAGCCAUGGUUUGCAUUCCCUGCAUUGUGAUUCCUGUACUGCUCUGGGUUUAUAAGAGAUUUCUUGAACCCAUCAUCUACCCCUUCAUCUCGCCAAUCAUAAGCCGAUUCUGGACAAAAAAAGCAGUACAGGAGAGUGGGACAGGUGAUGCGACAGCUAGUGAGAAGUGCAAUGGGACAUGCAAGACUGAAUGCAACGGGAAUGUUAACAGUCCUACCACCAAUGGACCAACUACAGUUUCAGAUAAAAAGACGGACUAAGAUUGCAAGGGUUCGCUGAAAGAAAUGGAGAUAUUCCACUUUGUGAUUACCUGGAUUAUUUACUGUGAUUUCAAAUAUUUUUAAAAACAUAAAUGGAGCAAAACAGGAGCUGGGGUAGGCCAUAUAGACACAUUCAUCUAAAUAUUUGACAUAGCUACAUUUGUUACAUGUUUUAGAACAUAUCACUUUUAAAUUGUAUUGUAUUCAAUAAAAAGAUUUAAUAUAUUGUUGA